AAAUCGCAGCUUGCUUCGCUGAGCAGUGAAAAGCUGAACAACACACGGCACUCCAGGCUGGAGGUGAUCUUCUUCAAUCGUGGAGCCAAAGUGGGAAGUGAAGCUCUGAUGGAACUCACCCAGACCAUGGCUCCCCACAAUAACAUGACAGUGGUUACCAAAGGACCAAUGGAUAUUAAGUCCCGCACCCGGUCUCCUAAAGAGCAAAUGAUACAGGCUAUUUGGGUGACCGAGUUGGAGCCAGGGACCAUAUACAUAGAGCAUUGCAAUUGGUUGGAUUUCCGCAGAUAUCAGCUACCAAGACCCAUCUACAUCAACUUGGUUCGCGAUCCCGUGGAGCGGAUGAUCAGUUGGUAUUACUACGUUCGUAGUGCAUAUCGCAAUGCCAUCCACCAUCGACGAUUUCCCAACGCAACAAUUAAAUCGGAGAAGUGGUUCAAAAAGAGCUACAACGAUUGUGUUCGCAGUGGUGACCCCGAGUGUCAGUACGUGCCUGGAAGCAUUAGAGAUUCGGAGGGUAAUUAUAAAAGACAAACCCUGUUCUUCUGCGGUCACGACAGGGAGUGUCUACCCUUCGACUCUCAACGCGCCAUUCAACUAGCCAAAUUGCAUGUGGAGCGCGAUUAUGCAGUCGUAGGAACUUGGGAGGAGACUAACAUAACUCUGACGGUAUUCGAAGCCUACAUACCGCGGUUCUUCAAGGGAGUCAGGAAUAUCUUUGAGUUGCACAGCAAAAGCAUCCGAAAUCGGAAUCGCAAUAAUCGCAAACCCCACAUAGAUGCGGAUGUCAGGGAGAUGGUAAGACGAAACUUUACCAACGAAUAUGAGUUCUACUACUUCUGCAAGCAGCGUUUGUAUAAGCAAUAUUUGGCCCUUCAAUUCGAGAAUAAUCUUCACUAAAUGGUCUUGAUUACAAUAAACCAAAUAAAGAAAGUGAACAUAGUUAA